AUGGCUGAAUCUGCUGCUUUCAAUGGCUUCAAUGCCUUCACUGGCUGGGACACAUACGCGUCUCGAAAUCAAGAUGAUCGUACCACAGCCCCUUUGGCUCGUCAGGGCAUGACGCCUCCUAAGCACCUUUCAUGCGCACUGUACAUCCCACGACACGACGGGAGCACGUCGCAAAUGACUCUGUACGAUAUAAGUGCUCAGUACGCGGCUGCCAUAGGCGGCGUUUCCAUCGGAUCAAGCGAAUACGUGGUAGCCCUGGGUUUGAUGCAGAAACCGGGCAGCAACGGUUCGAACGGCGCUUCUGUAGCAUACGACGUGACGUUCAGGGUACAAGGACAAGGAGUUGUGGGUUUGGUUCGAUGCCAAGAAUCGACGGCGCAGGAGCCGCCAGAGGUCGAGCUAGCCAUUGCCAGCGCUGAAGACACGGCCGGGAUUCUGACUUGUAAGGAGUCGGCUACUACAGGGCCAGCGGCCACAGAGACUCGAGUGUCUAUCUCCUAUCCAGUUCUCCCGUCGCCGACAAGUAAUGUUCCUCAUCAAGCACCCUUACCUUACUUCCGUGUAGCCGCGGAAUCCUCAACCUGGGAAUGGCAGACGCAUCCCCAUCACCAUGGCCGUCUGCGCUACACGCUUGUUCGACUCCCAGCCGAGGGCCAGUCGGCUGACGCCCGCCGGGAAGAAAUCCUUGCAAUCUACAACCACGUCGGGGUGGCGGCGUCCGUGUCGCUGCCGUAUAGUGAAGGGGUCCUUCUUCUUCCUCCCCGAGAAGAUCCUCGAAUGGAAACGAUGGUGGUAGCCAGUCUCCUGGCAAUGCUCUGGCGUUUACGCGACUUGAGCGGAGCAGAGGGAAAGCGCGGAGGCAGGGUAACAGAAUCAAUGAAGAAGCGGGUUAGUUCCUUGAAAGGAUUACUGGGGCGAAAGGCAUAG